AUGCUCUUGGAUGACACCAAGCAUACGACUUACAUUCACAACCUGGAUCAAGAAUUAAUCGAAGACGACUCUCCUGGUUUGGUCUUUUCACCAUUCGCGAAGAAAGUCCUCUCAGUCCCUCAAUCCGUUCUAUCCGGCUCGAAACCCUCGGGAAAAGAACUCGUUCUUUAUACGGAACCAUCUUCCCUCACAGUUCCUAGGGAAAAAGAUAAUGUUCGCAAGGCAAUUCUUGAAUCUCGAGCACGAGCUAGAGAGAAGGUUACGGAGAAUGAAGCUAGGGAGAAUGAAGUAACGGACGAAGAUUUAUACGAUCCAAUGGAUAUUGAUUGA